GACUAUCCUACGUCAAGUUUAGUAGCCGGAAGUGGCUGGCGACACUAUUUCCGGUGAGCGAUGGCUGGUCUGUUGAAGAAGACAACCGGUCUGGUGGGCCUUGCCGUGUCCCACAAUCCACAUGAGCGUCUGAGGGUCCUCUACACAAAGAUCUUGGCGUCUCUGCAGACGAUGCCACAGGAUGCCGCAUACAGGAAGUACACGGAGCAGCUGGUCAGCGAGCGCUACAACCAUGUCAAAACGGAGCCUAAUGUUGAGGAGCUGGAGAAGAAGCUGAACUGUGGUCAGAUUGAAGAAAUCAUAUUCCAGGCGGAGUGUGAGCUGGCUCUCUCCAGGAAGAUGUCACAGUGGAAAGCCUGGGAGCCGCUGAUAGAGGAGCCUCCAGCCAACCAGUGGAAAUGGCCUAUUUGAGUUCACUAGUGUAAACUGUUGUCUGAAUGCGUGUGUGUGUAUGAACCAUACUUCUACAAAAUGAUGUACAAAUUAAACUCCUGCAAAUAUC